AUGGCUUCGUCUCAAAAUAUAGACCUGGGAGGCCCAGGCCUGGCGAAAACGAAAAAAGGGGCCCGCAAGAAACCUGCAGAUGCAUUCAUCCCGCCACGAGGAGUGCUUCCUGACGGAACUGCUGUGGAUUUUGGCCACUCAGAUAAAAACAAGUCCAAACAACAACCAACACAGAAAAAGUCUCAAUCAGACAAGGCAUCCAAGGGACUCAAACAUAAUGCAGCGGUGGAAUCGACCACAAACAAUUUAAAGGACUUGUUGCUGGACUCGUCCCAAUCGCUGCCCGAUGGCCAGAAACCAGAUUUCGGCGGGCGUACGAAGAAGAAGACCCGCGAUAACCACAAGCAGCUGUCUACUACAUCCAAUAGAAACUCAGGGGUUACGAAUCUGCCAUCUAGUGCCGACUCGUACCUGAAAAAAUCUCCCCAUUCCCAAUGUUCGACGUCGAUGUCCUCCGUUUCCUCCUCCACCCCGGUAUACGCAGGCUCGUCCUUCCAUAGUGCGCCUUCGACAGUCUCUCUCCCCAAACCCUCUUUCCUCAAGAAAUGA